AUGGCGACCGAAGAAGCCGUUGCUGCCGGACUUCUCGAUUGGUUCAACAGUCUCGCUGUCGCAGAGGCUGUCUAUACCGUAGACGACUUCACCAAUGGUGAUCUAAUAUGGAAGGCUCUACAACAGAUUGACCGCUUCAGCUUUCCUGGGAGGCUUCCAGAGAACCCGGACACGGAUCAAUGGAUCAACAAAUGGACCAACCUCAAGCACAUCUACGAUGCCCUCUCCAUCUUUCUCGUCGAAGAGUGCAGCCAGCGACUGCCACUCCCUGGAGGUCGACCCGACCUCAAGGCUAUCGCUCAGUCCUCCUCCCUCAGCGACACCGCUGCCCUCCUCAAGCUCCUUGUCGUGGCUGCCAUCAAUUGCGCCGACCGCAUUGAAUACUUGAAGCAAAUGCAAGAGCUGGCCGAAUCUACCCAGGAGGUUUUGAUGCAGACGGUGCAGGAGGCGGGUGAAGGUGUGGGCGUUACCGACGACCCUGAAGCUGAGAGCAGCCAGGUCGACGACCUAGAUGUUGAACUGCCAACAUCACCUCGACGCUCAACCGAAAUGGAGACAGUUCUUGAGUCGGAGGAGCGGCUUGGGAAAGUUAUUGCGGACAACCAACGGAUAGCUCAUGAAAAGCGGGAGUUGCAAAGACUACUUGAUGAAGCACAUUCUCGGUACGAGAAAUUACAAGAACGCUUCGACCUUGGUCAGGACGAGUUGCGGGAAUCCAACGACCGUCUCGCCGCCGUUCUUGCCGGCAAGUCAGACAUAUCGACGAGGCCGCUGGACUCGAAACACGACACAUUGAUAGCAACCUUGGAGAAUCGCGUGCUCGAGGCCGAGUCGGAGAUAGAAGAGCUGCGUAAGAACAACGAGGUCCUCAAGAUCAAGGCUGAGAAGGCGCAGAAGCUGCAAGAUGACUACGACGAGAUGAAAAUCGAGCGAGAUCGUUUGGCGCGGAAAGCAAAUACGGCAGAGAAGUACAGGCAGAAGCUGGAAGCCAGCCAGGACCUGGACAAGGAAAACAACAAUCUGAGGGCGAAAGUGACCGAGCUGCAGAAUCAAUUGAAGCAGUCUGAUUUUGCCCGGGCCAGCUCGAGUGAUCUACAGAGAGAAAUCGACGAGUAUCGGCGACUUUUGCCCAGCAUCGAGCAAGAGAGGUACGAGCUGAAUGAGAUGAAGAAGAGGUUAGAGUUCGACUAUCAUACCUUGGAGGCACGCUACCACGAUUCCGCCGAACAACUAUCCCGACAGAAUCAGGCCGUGGAAGAGCUCCAGUCGAGGUUAAGAGACUACGAAGACGGAGUGACUCCUGCUCCUAGAGAGGAAAAGCUUUCUGAGCCAGUUGACAAAGAUUUCGAGAAGGAAGAAGCAGAAUUGGCUGAAUCGGAAUCCCGGCUUGCUGCGGUCUUGCUCAACGGCGACGCUGUUCCCAUCACGACCAAAGAUAGCGAUCUUGGUUCCCUCCACGAUGUGGAGUCACCAAUCGCUGGUCUCAACGAUGCGGAUACCAUAUCAGAAGACGAGCUCAAGGCUAUCAUGUCUGCAUUGCGUGCCCAAGCCCAUGCUGGCACGGCCACAGAAAGAGAAGCGUCUCUUCGAGCUCAGAAGAAGAUGAUCAUCGCUAUCGAGCGCCAACGAACCAAGAACCAGCUCCUACUCGAGCACGUCCAGAAGCAAGACCAGAUGAUCAAAAGUAUGCAGAACAAGAUACAAGAUGAUGAAAAGGCCCCACAGCAGAGAUUGGAAGAUGUCCCGCCUCCUCCACCACCGAAAUCUGUCCCGGGUGCCCCUGUGCAGCCUCUAGAUGAAGAGUCCGAAAUCGAACGACUCACGAACCAGAACACUAUCUUGCACCGCGAGCUCAAGCUUAUGGCAUCAGCAUGGUACGACCAGAAUCUGCGUCUGGCGAGCAUGAGCUCUGCUGCGUCAGCACGAAGUCGGGGUAACUUUGUUGAAGCCCGGGGGUUUUUGGGGCGACAGAGGCGAAGAGUUGAUGCUGCAAUCGCUGGCAGAGCUUCAUGA